ACUCCGUCGCCGUGCGUCAUGACGGUCUCUCCGGACGUAUGACGUAGCCAGGAAGUAGCUCGAGAGCAGCCGGUGAAAAUGAUAACGUUCACGCUAACCUUCAUACGGCAUGGAGAGACACAGUACAACAGAGACAAGCUCCUACAAGGUCAGGGCGUGGACAUGCCUCUGUCAGAAACUGGUGUGCAGCAGGGAGAGGCUGUGGGAAGAUACCUCAGAGACAUCAAGUUCUCCAAAGUCUACGUUAGCAACCUGCAGCGAGCUGUGCAGACAGCGGAAAUAAUCCUGAGGAACAACACUCACUGUUCUGGCAUGGAGAUGGUUUUGGAGCCCUUACUCAGAGAACGGGGUUUCGGCGUGGCUGAAGGCCGUCACAAAGAGGAUCUGAAGAACAUGGCGAACGCAGCCGGCCAGGCCUGCCGGGAUUACACGCCUCCAGGAGGAGAAACUUUAGACCAGGUGAAGCUGAGGUUCAAACAUUUUCUCCAAGUCCUUUUUAAACAAAUGCUGGAUGUGCGCGGCUCCUCAGAGCAGGAAGCCUCCUCUGACAUCCCCCCCAGCGGCUCGGCCAGCGACGACCUCCAGGGGGCGUCGGCUCACGUUCUGGUGGUGAGCCACGGGGCUUACAUCCGGGUGGCCAUCAGGCACCUAUUGGAGGACUUAAAGUGCAGCAUGCCUGCAGGCGUGAAGAUGUCCCAGCUGCUCUCCCCCUGUCCCAACACGGGCGUCAGCCGCUUUGUUGUCGCUCUGAGCCGGACCGAGUCGGGCCCGGUGCUCUCUGCCGCUCGCUGUCUCUUCACCAACAGAAAGGACCACCUGGAAAAGCUUCAGCAUCCUGAAUAGGAAACGAGACGGAAGAACAACAGCGUAGGACAUCAGUAGUGGCACAGUAAACUAAAAUCAACGGUGUUAUCUCGAUAAUCAGCAUGUGAUGAAAGUCAUUUAGCAUCACCGUGUACUUCAAGCUUUACGCCUUCGCAGAAGGACAUUUCAGUUAUAAAUUGGUAAUGUAAUUACCUUUUUUAUAAUUUAUUACCAAAGUUGAAUGUAUUUAUUCUGUCUUUCAGUGCAGAUGUUCCUCCUAUGUGUGCAAUAAAAGUUGAAGCACUGUCUGAGUCAUGGCUGAUGGCAAACACAUUAUAAAUACUAGGUGAAAUGUG